CGCGGUGACGUAGUUGAGAGGGCGGCACCCGGAGUCUCUCAGACAUGGCGGAGCUGGAGACAGCGGCAGAACAUGAGAGGAUACUGCGGGAGAUAGAGAGCACCGAGACGGCGUGUAUCGGCCCCACACUGCGGUCUGUAUAUGAUGGAGAGGAGCACAGUCACUUUGUGGAGAAGCUGGAUGCCCGGAUCCGGAACCAUGACCGGGAGAUCGAGAAAAUGUGUAACUUUCACUACCAUGGGUUCGUAGACUCCAUCACUGAGCUGCUGAAAGUGCGCGGCGAAGCGGAGAAACUGAAGAACCUGGUGAUGGACAUCAAUAGGAGGCUGCAGCUGAAUGGGGCGGAGGUGUUGUCCUCCAUGAAGGAUCUGCAGCAGUGCCGUGUUCAGCAGAGGAAUAUCACCGCCACUGUGGAUAAGCUCAGCCUGUGCCUUCCAGUGUUGGAGAUGUAUAGUAAAUUACGGGAGCAGAUGAAGGCGAAGAGACAUUACCCCGCCCUGAAGACCUUGGAGCAGAUGGAGCAUACUUACCUGCCCCAGGUCAGUCACUACCGCUUCUGUCAGACCAUGGUGGAGAACAUCCCCAAGCUUCGCGAGGAGAUCAAAGACGUCUCCAUGUCCGACCUGAAGGAUUUCCUGGAGAGCAUCCGUAAGCACUCGGAAAGGAUCGGGGAGUUUGCCAUGAAGCAGGCCCAGCAGCAGAGAAGCCUGGACAACAUAUUGAACCUACAAACCAAGGGCAUACUGGGAAAGAGAUAUAAGAAGGACUUCUGUCCGAGUCCCGAGGUCAACGGCACAAGCCCAAUGUCUGAAGAGGAUUCUGGAAUUCUGGACUUGGAAGAUCUAGAUGACGAAGAGGAGGCCACAGGGACACAAGACUUGGUGGAUUUUUCACCAGUUUACCGUUGUUUACACAUCUACACCGUGCUGGGUUCUCGGGAGAUCUUCGAGAACUACUACAGGAAGCAGAGGAGAAAGCAGGCACGACUAGUGCUGCAGCCACCAUCUAACAUGCAUGAAACUCUGGACGGAUACAGGAAAUACUUCCACCAGAUUGUAGGAUUUUUCGUGGUUGAGGAUCACAUUCUGCACACGACGGGCGGCCUGGUGAAUCAGGCUUACGUUGAUGAGUUGUGGGAUUUAGCGUUGUCGAAGACCAUGGCUGCGCUGCGGACGCACUCGUCAUACUGCUCUGACCCGAACCUAGUGCUGGACCUUAAGAACCUCAUUGUGCAUUUUGCGGACACACUCCAGGGCUACGGCUUCCCGGUGAACCAGCUCUUUGACAUGUUGCUUGAAGUUCGAGACCAAUACAGUGAGAUCUUACUGAAGAAGUGGUCUGGGGUCUUCAGGACCAUCCUGGAUGCCGAUAACUACAGCCCAAUCCCAGUGAGUGAUGAGACUGCUUACAAGAAGAUCAUCAGCCAGUUUCCCUUCCAAGACCCCGAGUUAGAGAAGCAACAAUUUCCCAAAAAGUUUCCCUUUUCCGAGUUUGUUCCUAAAAUCUACUGUCAGAUCAAGGAGUUUAUUUACGCCUGUCUGAAGUUCUCUGAAGAUUUACAUUUAAGCUCCACGGAAGUAGAUGACAUGAUCAGAAAGUCUACGAAUCUCCUACUGACCCGCACCCUGAGCAAUUGUCUGCAGAACAUCAUCAAGAGGAAAAACGUUGGGCUCACUGAGCUUGUACAGAUAAUCAUCAAUACCAGUCAUCUGGAGAUCUCCUGCAAGUACCUCGAGGAAUUUAUCACCAAUAUCACUAAUGUUCUCCCCGACACCGUCCACACGACCAAGCUCUAUGGCUUGACCACAUUCAAGGAUGCUAGACAGGCCGCAGAAGAGGAAAUCUAUACCAAUCUGAACCAGAAAAUUGACCAGUUCUUGCAGCUGGCAGAUUAUGACUGGAUGGCGGCAGAGUCUGCGGAGCAUGCCAGUGACUAUCUUGUGGAUCUGGUUGCUUUCUUGAACAGCACAUUUGCAGUGUUCACCCAUCUGCCUGGUAAGGUUGCCCAGACGGCCUGUAUGUCUGCCUGCAAACACCUCUCCACAUCCUUGACACAGCUGCUCCUGGAGGCGGACGUCAAGCAGAUUACUAUGGGUGCCUUGCAGCAGUUUAAUCUCGAUGUCAAAGAGUGUGAAAGGUUUGCCAGAUCGGGACCAGUGCCUGGGUUCCAAGGGGACACACUGCAGUUGGCCUUCAUCGACUUAAGACAAUUAUUGGAUCUUUUCAUUAAAUGGGACUGGUCAACAUACCUGGCAGAUUACGGGCAACCCAACUGUAAAUACCUGCGUGUCAACCCCACCACUGCCCUCACUUUACUGGAGAAAAUGAAAGAUCCCAGCAGGAAGAGCAACGUCUUUGCUCAGUUUCGAAAGAAUGAACGGGACAAGCAGAAGCUGAUAGAGACCGUAGCCAAGCAGCUCCGGGGGCUCAUCAACAGCCACCAUUCAUGAUGCUGCCACCCAGAGGCAAACAAGGGACUGUGCAACAAAAUAUACACUGAACCAAACUGGAGCACAGCGCCCCCUGGCACCACAUCUAGUAUAGAGCUCCUACUAAGGGGGCAGUGGCUUUUUGCUACCCUCUCGUAAAUCGUAUUGCUGGGCCAGGACUAAACAAGGGGAUAUAGGAUUUUAUAAUGCUUUUUGGCAGGUGCUGGUGGCUGUUCUUUACUAUUGCACUGAUCUUCUUCUAGUUUUGACAUGUACAGCGUUAGGAAAUGUCAAUUUUACAUGUUUUUAGUACACACAGCACUGAUGCAAAACUUCUUGUAGCUAAAUGGAAUCGGGGGAACGUUUUAAAGAUGCACUCCGACCUGUAAAUGAUCAUUUCCUUAACACUAACCUUACAAGUAUAGACUGAGAAUUUGCAGAAGAAUCAUGGGGAAGAGGACUGGAAGUAUUGUAUAUCUCCUACUACCAUGAGGGAAUUAUUAAUAUAGUGCAGGGUAUGGGCCUGGUGAUACUACUCUCAGCUCUUCUUAUCUACUCUCUUUAUUCACUUUAUGGACCAUUGGCCAAAUAUAUAUAUAUUUUUAUUUGGCUUCAUCAUAGGCCAAACAAAAAAAUUCCCAAUAAAGAAAAUAAAAAAUGUUUCCUUCAAGAUGAAAAGAUGACCGAUGACAUUCAUCUAUAAUAUAGGAGCCAUAGUAUUUGAAUUCCUGUUCGAUGCCGCGUGGGAAAUUCUUGCCAUUUCUAGUUUUUUUUGGAAGCACAAUUGAGUUCUGUAUGGCCCAAAAAAUUCACCAUUGUAAUCCGUAAUGGUUUCUGAAGGUUUCACGUAGAUUGGGGAAACCAUUGAUGACUUUUCUCCAUUUAUAGAAGAAAUGGCUAAUCUUACAAAGCCUCAUCGGUUCUAUCUUGGCUCGUGAAAAUAUAUGGAAAUAUGGGAAUUGUGGCCUACUUUUGAAGCCACCUUUCACAAGUCUUUUAUAGACUGAGAAUUUGCAAAAGAAACAUGGGGAAGAGGAGUCUUAUUACUGGAAGUACCGAAUAUCUCCUACUACGAUAAGGGAAAUAUUAAUAUAGUGCAGGAUAUGUCUAGAGAAGAGUCUUUGAUGGAGGAACACAGGCCAACCAUGCCCACAAUUCCUUUAAAGUGGGAUAUUUAUUAGACUCUAAAUCAAAGUCUCGUUGAUGUUUUGGAAAAUCUUUUAGGUUUCCCACUUGUCUCGUCAUGACCAACCAUUCGUGUGCCAGAGGAGACCUAAUAUUAGCAGAUCAUCGGCUGAUGGGAUAUAUGGUGCUUCUUAAGUUAUUGUGUUCUUAUGCCCAUCAGUUGCGUCUCUUUGGUCUUCCAUUUUUUGCCAUCAGUGAUCAAACCUAUUGAACGACCCUCGUGUGGUCCUCAAGGCCAUGUACUGUCAGGAUACAGUAUUCAGUCUACAAGACGCACUCUAAGGUGAUAGAAUCAGGCCACAAUAAGGUCCCUUUUUUUGAUUUUCAUAAUCGUUCCAGUCUGUAUUCUAUGGGACUCGUGUGUUCUCUAAGGCCUUCAUAUCUUCUGGGGUCAGUCUAAAAUAAAUGAGUCCUUUCCGUUGUGCAAUGUAGCAAUCACUGGGUCCCUAUGUUGGGAUUCUUAUCCCAUUUGUGUUAGCCUGGACCUAUCACGGGAGUAUUAACAUUUGUGGUCAGGUCAGUAUAUGUAUCUAGUGCGUUUAUCCUGUUUGCACCAGUCCUAAAUCUUGGAGUUUUGUUAUUAAAGGGGUAUUCCAGCCAUAGACCUAUUAUCCCUCCCCAUGUGUUUCCGGGACUGGAGACGUGACCUCACGAUACACCCCCUUCGUGACUUCACGUCACGCCCCCUCCAUUCAUGUCUAUGGGAGGGGGGUGACGGCUGUCACGCCCCCUCCCAUAGACAUAAAUGCAGGGGGUGUGGCAUGACGUCACAAGGGGGUGUGGUGUGACAUCACGUCUCCAGUCCCAGAACCACAGAGGUUUUCGAGCCCGCCACAGAAUGUUGUGUUCUGCAGGGAGAUUGUGUAUCUUAUCCCCUAUCCUUAGGAGAUGUCUAUAGCCGGAAUACCCCUUUAAGGCCGACCGCAGGGUGACUAUUUAAGCAUACGCAUCGCCAUCAUGAAAUAUUUCUUUAUUAGGAUUUUUAUUGUAUGUUGUUUAGGAAAGGAAGCACAAUGUGUCCUAUUUCACAGAUUGUCUUAAGAUUUACCGCGUAUUGUUUACAGAAUGGAUUGUUCUUCAUGCAAAAUGUAAUGUAGCAGUAGGUGCCAUAACUGCGUCAGAUAAGUCCUGGAGACUUAUCCAGAAUUACAUAAACAUAGCUACUUUCUUCCCAGAACAGCGCCACUCUUGUCUUCAGUUUGUAUGUGGUAUUGCAGCUCAAUUCCAUUGAAGUGAAUAAAGCUGACAUGUAAUUCUGAGGAUGGGUGUGAUGCUGUUUUUGAAAGAAAGCAGCUAUGUUUUUUUUUUCUUCUGAUCCUGGUUAAAGGGGUAUUCUGACCCUAGACACCUUAUCCCCUAUCCAAGUUCUAUCCAAGUGAAACCUGAGAAAAGGAUUUAGCCAGAUAUUUACCACUGUAAUCAGGUACUAAUAGAUUAAGAUAAACAUACAUGCCAAAUCACAGUGCCAAUGCUGUGUGCCAGUGUUGUAUCAGGUUCACCAUUGCCAUGUACUACAAAGUAUGCAUAGAUGGACUGAUGUGCGUCUUCGUUGAUGUCACUGCGUUCAAGAAGACCGAGAAGCCCAAAAUGUGCCGUUUAAUAUCGGUCAAGACCUUAAGAGACUUAACGUGAACGUUCAGUUAUCAUUUGACAUGUCAUGGACAUAUAUCGGAGGAGAGCAUUGGUUGGAGGUCAACUUGAUGGUCAAGUUAAACCAUCGAUUCAUUUAGUCUUGUAAUUGUCCUUCUACUCAAGAAGAGUGGUAGCAGUACCCAUUGCAACCUCAUUGAAUAGGAGCAGAAUUGGGAAAACUUCAGAUCAAGGGGAUGUCACGUAAGAUUAAGGGUGCGUAUAGUAUUCAACAUUAUUACAAAAAGUGGAGUUUCGGGGGCCUCCAGAAGAUUGUGAAACUUUGCCUACAUUUUUAAGGGAUAAAAAAAUAAAAAUGAACAAAUACAUAGAAGGAUUCAAUCAAGUCGUUACAGUAAAGAAAAAUCUUUUGGCUGAUGUUGCUUUUUUAUGCACCUUUUAAUGCAGACCACGAUGAGAGUGGCUGUAACUUAAGCUUUAUAGGUUGACAGCCCCCAACUAUGUGUCAUAGUCACUACACUACAUGAUCAUCUAAACCUACAGGAUGAAAAAGGGAAACUUGUAUUCAUGAGCAAACUGGAUUGGUCAAUUGUGUAAGGGGGGUGGGGGUGGUAAUCAGAAUUCAGUUUGCAAUAGCGCACUUUCAACUCCUCUUCUGUCAAAGUGGAGAGUUACCCUUAAGGGGGUAUUCCAUGGAACACUACUUAUCCCCUAUCCUCAAGAUAGGGAAUAACUGUCUGAUCACCAUUGGUCCUACUACUGGGACCCACCGCAAUCUCCUGUACGGGCCCAGCUAUUAACCAGUCCCCGUAGUGCUCCUGAUACCACCUUCUGAGACAACCAGGAGUGACGGCCCACUAAGCCAAUCACCGACUGAGAUGGGAUCCUGUCUUAGCUGCUGAUUGGCUGAGCAGGCCAUCACUUCUACUCGUCUCCAAGGCUGGGGGGUCGGAGUGCUUAGGAGUUUGGUAAGUUCUGCAUGAGAGCCUGGCCCCGUACAGGAGAAUGUUGGGGUCCCAGUGGCCGGACCGCCUGUGAUCAGACUGGGUAGGGGUAUACAUUGUGUUCCCCGGAGUACUCCAUUAAGCUGCCUUUUUUUUUUAAGGUGGAGGCUAUGAUGAUUUGGUCGGAGCCUCCCUAAAAUCUUUUGUGUUUAAAAAUAAACUUGAGAAAGAACACCCCAAAGGGUAGUAUGUUCAGGUCAGGGUUGUACGCCUGUGGAAUGUUAUAAAUGAAUUACCGGGUGUCAUUCUGUUAGAAUUUUUUUUUGACUGGAAAUGUUAUAAAUUGCUUUUCACACCCCUUGUACUAUAUUAUCUUCCUUACAGAACCAGAAUAAAAACUAACUAAAUACAGAAUGUUGUAGUUUUUGU